AUGUAUCCUGGUAUUACAACAGUUCAAUUAGAUAACUUGGCUGCAGAAAUCGCCGCUGAUAUGACAGGCAUUCAUCCUGAUUAUGCUAUCUUAGCUGCUCGUCUCUCAGUAUCUAAUCUUCAAAAGGAAACUCAUGAUAAAUUUUCCAGAGUUAUGCAAGAUUUAUAUAAUAAUGUUCAUCCCAUCACAAAGGCUCAUAAUCCCUUAAUCUCCAAAGAAUUUUUGGAUUUGGUUUUGAAACAUGCCGAUAAAAUUGAUGCCACCAUCGAUUACCAACGUGAUUUCGAUUUCAACUAUUUUGGUUUCAAGACACUUGAACAAAAUUUCCUCAUGAAGAUUGGUGAGAAGGUUGUAGAACGUCCUCAGCAUAUGAUGAUGCGUGUUGCUCUUGCCAUUCAUGGUGAAGAUUUAGAAGCUGCUUUCAAGACUUAUGAUCUUACCUCACGUAAAUUCUUUACUUUUGCUGCUACUACUCUUAUGAAUGCUGGUACUCCUAAUAAUCAACUUUCAAGCUUCUUUGAUGUCCAAAUGAAAGAAGACAGUAUUGAGGGUAUUUACGAUACUGUUGCUACCUGUGCUCGUAUCUCCAAAGCAUCUGGUUAUGUCGGUAUGAGUUUCCAAAAGAUUCGUGCUUCUGGUUCCUAUAUUGCUGGUACCAACGGUACCUCUAAUGGUAUUAUUCCCAUGUUACGUGUCUUUAAUGAUGCCGCUCGUUAUAUUACCCCUGGUGCCAAAAAGGUAAAGGGUACUUUUACGGUUUAUGUUGAACCCUGGCAUUAUGAUAUCUUUGAAUACAUUGAUCUUUCCAAGAAUAGUGGUGAAGAAAACCUUCGUGCCCGUCACCUUCUUCUUGGUCUUUGGAUCCCUGAUCUCUUUAUGAAACGUGUUGAAGAGAAUGGUGAAUGGUCUUUAAUGUGUCCUAACGAAUGCCCUGGUCUUGAUACCACUUAUGGUAAAGAAUUUGAAGAACUUUAUAUUAAAUAUGAAAAAAUGGGUAAGGCAAGAAAGACGGUUUCUGCUCAAAAGUUAUGGUUUUCCAUUUUGGAUGCUCAAAUUGAGAGUGGUAUGCCAUUCAUGUGUUAUAAGGAUGCUAUUAAUGAAAAGAGUAACCAAAAACAUAAUGGCGUUAUUUCUGGUUCUAGCCAUAAUACGAACAUUGUUCAAUACGCUAAUGGUAACGAAAUUGCUUCUACCAACAUUGCCUCUAUCGCACUUACCAAAUGUGUUGAUGCUCAUACACGUACCUUUAAUUUUGAUGUCCUUCAUGACUUGGUCAAUGCUGUUGUUAAAGAUUUGGACAAGAUGAUUGAUGUCAACCAUUAUAUCAUGGAUGAAGUAAAGGAAAGUGCCCUUAAGCAUCGUGCACUUGGUGUUGGUAUUCAAGGUUUAGCCGAUGUCUUCUUAAUGAUGCACUAUCCUUUUGACUCUCCUGAAGCACGUCAAUUAAACAAGGAUAUCUUUGAAUCCAUUUAUUUUGCUGCUCUUAAGGCAUCUAAUGAAUUAGCUCAAAAGUAUGGUCCCUAUUCUGCUUAUGAAGGUUCCCCUAUGAGUCAAGGCAUUUUACAACACGACAUGUGGGGGGUCAAGGGUUCUGAUCGUCUCGAAUGGGAUCAGCUUCGUGCUGAUAUUAAGACGCAUGGUGUUCGUAAUGCUCUUUUAGUCGCACCUAUGCCUACGACGAUGACAAGUCAAUUCUUUGGUAAUAAUGAUAGUUUUGAACCUUAUCAAUCCAUGAUCUUCACCCAUCGUUCAGUGACAGGUGAAUGCCAAGCUGUCAAUCCCCAUCUCCUCAAAGACCUUAUUGAGCGUGGUAUGUGGAGUACUCAAGUAAAGGAUAUGUUAGCUAAGGCCAAUGGUAGUGUUCAAAAGCUUCCUCUUAUUUCUGAUGACCUUAAGAAGCUCUACAAGACAGUUUGGGAAAUUUCUCAACGUGUGAUUAUCGAUAUGGCCGCUGAUCGUGCUGCCUUUAUCGAUCAAUCCCAAUCCAUGAAUUUGUUCUCUGCUGAUCCUAAUUAUAGUCGUCUUUCUUCUAUGCAUUUCUAUGCUUGGAAGAAGGGGUUAAAGACUGGUAUGCAAUUCCUUAAGACAAGUCCCCUUGAUGCUAUGAGAAUGAAUAUGGGUGAUGAAUCAAAGGAUGAUCUUGAGGAAGAAGUUGAAAAGACUGCUGACCAAUUAGCUGCUAUUGCUUGUUCUCUUGAAAAUCCUGAAGCUUGUGUUAGCUGUAGUGGAUAA